CCCUAUGAUUUCUGUAACAUCUAAUCUCCAAAUCAGCUGGUGCUUCCAAACUCCGAUUGUUGUUGACGAGCAUUUGAAUUUCUAUUUUUUCAAAUGACAGACUAGAAAUUGUGAUUUUAUUACUUAGACCAGUUGAAAGAUUUUAACUAGACGCACACUUUUUCCGUGACCUGUUGCACGCUUUAUUAAGUUUUUAAGGUAAAUCAUGCACGAAGAUACUCCGCCGUCUUCUCCAGACAUGUCUAAUCAAGUAGAUGAUGAGGAUAUGAUAUACAUAGGAGAUGUAGAAGAAGUUGUAGAUGCAUAUAAUGCAGGAGAUGUUGAAGAGAACGAUGUGAUGGAGGAAGAUCCUUCAGAAGACGGAGAUGCAAUUUGUGUUUUCAGUGGCCACAAACGAGGUUCUGUCUUUUGUGGUUCAUUAAGUAAAAAUGGAAAAUUAGCUACCACAGGUGGAGAAGAAGAUAAAGCUUACAUUUGGGAUACAUCAUCAGGAGAAAUCAUUUUGGACUGUAUAGGUCAUAAAGAUAGUAUUAUCUUUUCAGCAUUUAAUCAUGAUGAAUCAUAUUUGGCUACUGGGGAUAUGAGUGGAAUGAUACAAGUUUGGAAAUUAGUUGAUAAAACUAAGAUUUGGGAUUACAACAUGGGAGAUGCCACUUGGAUGAUGUGGCAUACAGCUGCUAAUGUUUUAUUAGCAGGAUCUGUCGAUGGAGAAAUAUACAUGUGGAAAAUACCUGAUGGAGAUUGUAAAGUGUUUCAGGGAUAUGGUUGCCGGGCAGAGACUGGUGCAAUAUUUCCAGAUGGCAAGCGCAUAGCAGUGGGUUAUGAAGAUGGAGUUAUUAGAGUAUUAGAUUUAAAAACAAGUACUGUGUUGUCAUCCAUAUCUUCUGCAGUAGGUCAUUCUUCUUCUAUAACCACUAUUGAUUGUCAUUGGGAUAACAAUCUAGUGCUUUCUGCAGCUGUAGAUGGUAAAGCUAUAAUCAGUACCUCAAAUACAGGGAAGAUAGUUUCCAUUCUGCAAAAUCUUAAUCAUGGCGAGUAUAAUAAUGUGAAUAUUGAUCAAGAAGGAAAUAAUGAAGGAAAUUGUUAUAACAAUUGGGUAGAAACAGCAGCUUUUUGUAAGGAUCCUGCAUUUCAAAUUGCUGCAACUGGUACAAUUAAUGGAGAAAUUUUCAUUUGGGAUAUCUCAAAACAGGUGCUUAGGCAAAAGAUAGAGCAAGAAAAUGGUAUAUCUAAACUUUUAUGGAAAGGGAACACGAGUAUAUUGUUUUCAGCGGGAUUAGAUGGUAUUCUGAGAUGUUUUGAUGGAAAAAGUGGUCAAUGUCUACGGUCAUUUAUUGGACACACAGCAGAUAUUCUCGACUUAUAUAUAUCUGAAAAUGGAGAGAAAGCACUAACUACAUCUGAUGAUUCCACAGCUAGAAUCUUUGAUAUUUCAUCUUUACCUUAACAAAACUUAUUAGAUAGAGGAUAAUUACAAAUCUUUGUUAUUUAUCAUUGAAAAUAUAUGUACAUUUUAUGAAA